UUCAAGCCCUGGAUCCUAGCAAAGCCACAGAUGGACAUGGUACAGGAACUGGGUGCAGUGUCUGCAGACAUCAUUCUGUUUCUCGCAGCUCUUCAUGCCUUCUUUCGCUUAUUCAAGGACCACAGAGCCCCAUCAGUGGGUUUUCUUCUCAUCACUGUCUCUUCUGCUCUGACGCUUCUUCCCCUACCUGGCACUGCUGUCUCUCUAGCCCAAAAAGACCUCCGAUGGGCGGGUGAGGCACUGUGCCCUGCCUUGCUUGGCUUUGGCUUCUUGUGGUUCAGUGAAGAUCACCUCACCGCCUGUGUGCUGCUAAUCGGCUCCUCAGUUCUUCCGACGCUUGCCGAUUGGCUAUCCGAGGAUGUCUUGGUGAUCAUGACACGCUGCCAGGCCUUAUCGGCACUGUCCUGUUCCCUUACAGUGUGUCUGUUUGCUGCAAAUGGGACUGGCGUACUGGUGAGUGUGGCUCUCAGCCUCCCUGCUCUUGUGGCCCCCAGGGCUGUAGGCAGCAGUGCUGCAUCUCUGGGAGCUUCACAAACUGUAGGAGGAUUGCUGGAGUGGGUCUUAAAAGUUGUCAUGGCUGCAGGGUGUUGGACAACACAAAGGGCUCUAGAUACAUUUCUUCAGGACCUGAAGCAGUGGGACACUGAUGUUGGAUGAGAAGGCCUGGCUCACAACUAACACUCCGAAUCAUUCCAAAGGUGAAAAGAAACAAAAGAAGCAUGACAGCCUUACUCCUUCUCGACUGGGGAUUGAGAAAAAUAAGGGGCGGAAACACUUAAUAAAAAAUGUAUUAAAAUA